AUGACAGCGGCGGAGCUGCGCCAAUGUGGUUUGCUGACAAUCGGCACCAUGUCGUCCUUGGCCGACAGCCAGAAUGUCACUCUGCGUGGAAAUAAAGACCAUUACCUCCGUUCACAGCCAGGGAUUCGGACCCGACCAUGUGGAGAGGUUGGGGCCGCUCUCGGCACCAAAAGACGCUAUUCUCCAAAGCCGGAUUCUCCAAGUUUUGAUAAGGAAUGGCCGGCGUCUUAUCGACGUCGGGUUAUCAUCUUGAUGUUCUUGAUAGUCAGAAGAAUGCGGUCCUUCGCUUUUAUCCUGGCUUCUUUCCGCCUAGCCAGCGCCAACUACGUCAACCAGGGCCAAGUGUUGAGUUUCAAUGGCAUCUCAUACUAUGCCGGCGGGAUUGCUGUGGGCCAAAUAGAAACUACAAACGCCUCGAGUCUCUCGCUUGCAGCUGCACAAUUUCCCGGUCAGGACCUGUUCCCACUUACUAUUAUCGACACUUCGAGCAACGUCCCUUCAGGGGAUGAGCUUCUGAAUCUUACUACCGCUUACGAUAGCUCGGAUGACGUCUUUCAAUCUGCCUUUCUACAUGCGAUCUAUCUCCGCCCAAGCACAACCAAUGCUCCCGCUAGGUCCAACAGUACUAUGUCUCUUGACUCCCAACUAUCACGUCAAGGCACCUCUUUGGUUCUAUCAUCCAAGGAGAUCCAUGGCCUUAAAAGUAGCGUCGUGACUGGCGUAACUGUCUUGAGUCUCCCUCGAGGACCCUACUUCGUCUCGGUCCACACUGGAAACGUGUACAAAGCCUACCGGCUGUACGACGAUGAUCACCUCGCUUUUGUACAAGGCGUAAUUAGCGAUGAAGAGGGCGCUUUCACUACUCUUCCUGCUGUUACUGAGAAUGUAAUGGCAAAGAGCAUCGCGGUCCCUUCACGGUUGUAUUACACUGAGACCGAGGAGCAACCCCUCGCCGGCCUCCGCUUCGGAGUCAAGGACAUUUUCCACGUCAAGGGGGUAGGCACGAGUGGUGGAAAUCGUGCCUACUUCUACCUGUACGGACGACAAAACAAGACUGCACCCGCAGUGCAACGGCUCAUCGACCUUGGUGCUGUCCUCGUUGGCAAGAUGGGCACUGUCCAGUUUGCCAACGGUGAUCGUCCCACUGCUGACUGGGUUGAUCUCCAUGCCCCCUUCAACCCCAGAGGUGACGGGUAUCAGGACCCCAGCGGCUCGUCCACCGGCCCGGGAGCUGGAGUAGGUGCGUACGACUGGCUUGAUCUUGCUGUCGGCAGCGACACUGGUGGUUCCAUGCGCGGUCCGGCGGGAUCUCAAGGCCUCUUCGGAAACCGGCCUUCUACGGGCGCCAUCUCUCUCGUGGAUGUCAUCCCCUUGAGUCCCGUCUCAGAUACCGCCGGAAUGUUCGCCCGCAGUGGCAGCCUCUGGGCCAAGGUCACCCAGGCUUGGUACCCUGACUUUGCUUCCAACUACACUUCCUACCCGACGACACUAUACCGAUCAACGGCUAGAGGAGGCGCUUGGUCCGGAGGAAACGUCAGCGAGGACGCCACCAAGGUCAUCACAAGCUUCGUAGGAAAGCUAGAAAGCUUCCUACAAGCCAAGUCAACUCCAGCAAACUACACGCAGCUCUGGAGCGAAACUCACGGAGAAGCACCUGCAGAUGUCAACGAGAUGCUGUACCUCACCUACGGCGUCUAUGUCUCUCAUGAUCAGUGGCAAGAACUCGGCAAGCCAUUCUUCGAGGAUUACGCAGCCAGGUUUGAUGGGCGUCAGCCAUAUAUCAACCCAGGACCCCUCGCCAGAUGGCAAUGGGGCCAGGUCCAUUCGACAGAAGAAGUCUACGCACAAGGUCUCCACAACAUUUCCCUCUUCAGAUCUUGGUAUGAAACUGAGGGUUAUGGGCGACAUGAUCCCGAGUCAUGCUCUGAGGGACUCUACAUCUAUCCUUGGUCUGUGGGCCAGCCAUCCUAUCGCGAUGUAUACAUCCAGGCCCGAACUACACCGCCGCUGGGCUUUGACGACUCUUCAGUCCCGGUCAUGGCCGGUGCACCGGAAGUCGUGAUUCCAAUCGGAGAGGUUCCUUACAACAGCACCAAGUCGCUGCACACGGAAUAUCUCCCAGUGACUAUGGCUUUGAGAAUGGCCAGGGGAUGCGAUCAUCAUCUUGCGAAUCUGCGCGUUUACAUCAUGCCUUUCUACCAAAUUUACCAUACCUAUCCUCUUGCCCAGAAGCAGCGGGAAUCCAUUGCGCUGUCCAUCACCAAUCUCCAUUGUAGCACCUUUAGCACACCCGCCUUUUUCGUCCAUGUCAACUUCAUCAAACAAGAGCCAAAGUCCGAUGAUGGAACGUACUUCAUGGCCGGAAAGUCGCACACCAGCAACUCGAACCGCAUCGUUGCGCUAGUUCGAACGUCGGCUUCUCGCACGAAAGAUGACUUUGACGCACUGGCAGCCAAGAUCGAAGACGCCUGGAACGGCGCUGUCAAAGAGCCGGGUAAAGAGGCCGAGUUUGAUGAGGCAAAACGGCUUUUGAUGGUCGUGUUUACGCCGAUGUUGGCGAUCAGGGAGGGCGGGAUGGCUAUUCCCGACGCUGGCCACGAGGAGGCGUGGCUCAAGCAGCAACUGCCGUAUUUCAAAGAGAUGAGCGAAAAGCACGGAGUCAAAGACUUUACGGACUUGCUGGAGGAGUUGAAACAGAUGGAAUCGCUCAGGGGUCUUCUGAUUUAG